AUGGAGCUUUUCUUGAGAAGAAGUACUCAAAGUCAAUACAUUCAUGAUAACGAUCCGUUAUUUACGACAACGGUAAACACAAAGAACAUUGAGAGGGAUUUGUUACUACUUGAAAAUCAACUUCCAUUUUAUAUCUUAGAGAAAUUAUAUGAGCUUGUUCCAACCACCAGACUACAAAAAGAGCAUUCAAAUUUCCUUGAUCUUGCUCGCCAGUGGUUUAAAAUUUAUGAUCCUUAUCGUGCGUGGAGCAGACAAGAGAUUAAUAAGCGAAUGAAGCUCAAGCAAGGUUGGGAUCGGCCAAAUCAUUUUAUUGAUGUAAUCAGAUACAUUUUUAUUCCACGCCAUUUUAUCAAUACAGGUUACUAUGACAAGUUUGAUCCAGUCAUAAGGUCAACAACAAAGUUACAAAGGGUAUGGAUAUCUUUUGAGCCAGUUUCUGAGAGAUCUUUUCUUGAUAUUACAUUCAAGAAAGUACCAAUUUUAAGUUGGCUGGGUUUAUAUAGAUCUCGUUUGCAGAUCCCACAAGCAAUGAUAGAUGAUUUAUCGGAGUUUAUUUUAGGCAAUCUCAUUCUCUUCGAGCAGUAUCAUUAUCCAUAUCAUGCUUAUAUUUCAAGCUAUGUUAACUUGAUUGCUUGUCUCGUUCAAAAAGAGGGGGACGUGAAUCUGCUGGUAGAGAGUGGAAUUGUUCUUAAUAAGCUAUCAACCGAUAAAGAACUCAUAGAUUUGUUCAGAACUCUUGACAAUCAGCUUCAAUUAGACUACUCUUGUUAUAAGGAUCUUUCAUAG